UUGUAAACAGGAAGUGCAUCACAGAAUUUCAAAACCGUAGAGCUCCUACUGAAUGAUCAGUGUUUUAGAAUUACACAAAUAAUAGUGUUUUAUACAUAAAUCUUUCUCUAGAAUUAAAGUGCGGCUUUAUGUGUUGGUUAUGAUAGCAGAUAUUCUUGAUCUUUGACUCCGAGGAACUAAUUCAACAACAUAAAGCUCACCGGAACACAGACAGGAUUUCAUUUUACACCUAAAUCCUCAGAUCUGGGUCCUAAUAAUUAUCCAGACAGAACCAGAACCAGCUGCAAAAGCAGAUCAACGGCGGUCCAGAUCAGGAUUUAAACGAUGAUCAGCUGAUCUGGGUCUCAGCGCUCGUGCUUUUGUUGAGGCUGUCCCGGUUUCCAUUGGUAACGGGCACGCGCGCAGAUUUCACCAUAAACACUCCGUUUCUCCUGCUGGGAAUCAGAUAUGACCUCAAAACAGAAGAAGGGUCUCAGAGGCUCUAUAGAUGACGUGUUAGGAGAUCUGCUGGGCGAUGAUGAUGAUGAAGGUCCGGUGAAGGUGCGCUCGCCUGCAGCCGUGUCCAGCAGACCCGCGGCCGUCCUCACGUCACGCAGCGGGAAGAGAUCACUGCUGGACGAUGAUUUCUUCAGUAAACUGGCAGAAGAGGCUGAGAGAGAUGAGGAGGGCUCUGAUGUGUCUGAGGCCGAUCCUGCCGCUCUGCUGGACAGCAUGAAGGACAUAGAUGACAUGGAUGCGGAUCUGUUCAGCUCGAAGAGGAAGCCGAGUUCAGCUCCAGCUCAGAGGAAAGAAGCUAAAGGAGGAGCGUCUAAAGCAGGAGAUCAGAGCAAAACCACAGAAGAGAAAAAGCCCAGUUCUGCUCCGGCCUCCACAGCGAGAGCUUACAAGAAGUUCAGCUUUCUGGAUGAUGAAGGUGGGGGUGUUCAUCCUCCUCCUCCUGAUGAAGAUAACGUGGACGAUUCGCUGGAUGAUCUGUUGGGCGAUCUGGAACACAAGCAGAAGAUGAUGAAGAAAACCGAGCGGCCGCGCUCUUCCUCACCUGCCGUUUCUCAGAAAACAGAGACGGCGUCUCCAGCAGCUGCCGUGAGGAAGAGGGACGAUCUGACGUUUGAUGAUGAAGAUGAUCUGAUGGAUGCUCUGGGCUUCGGAGAAACAAACAAAACACAAGGAAACGGACUGACACUGAAAAAAGAGAGGUGAAGCCUGAAUCCCGCGAGUUAAUAAAGACACUGGGACAAUCUUAAAACAUCAACCCUGUUA